CGGUUCUCUGAAUCCUCAGCAAGCCUCGGGGGCAGGGCCCCAGGGGGCGUGGUCUGGGGCGGGGCUAAAUGCAGAGGGAAGGUCUGCAGUUCCCUGUCCUCUUUUGCGGUGUUUUGCCACUGACUCAGAUCUUCGGAAAUCAUGUUACCCAACACAGGGAGGCUAGCUGGAUGUACAGUUUUUAUCACUGGUGCAAGUCGUGGCAUUGGCAAAGCCAUUGCAUUGAAAGCAGCAAAGGAUGGAGCAAAUAUUGUCAUUGCUGCAAAGACUACACAGGCACACCCCAAACUUCCAGGCACAAUCUAUACUGCUGCUGAAGAAAUAGAAGCAGCUGGAGGAAAGGCCUUGCCAUGUGUUGUUGAUGUGAGAGAUGAACAACAAAUCAGUAGUGCUGUGGAGAAAGCAGUUGAGAAAUUUGGAGGGAUUGAUGUUUUGGUGAAUAAUGCCAGUGCUAUUAGCUUGACCAACACAUUGGAAACACCUACAAAGAGAGUGGAUUUGAUGAUGAAUGUCAACACGAGAGGCACUUACCUAACAUCAAAGGCAUGUAUUCCUUAUUUGAAAAAGAGUAAAAUUGCUCAUAUCCUCAAUCUCAGUCCACCACUAAAUCUCAAUCCAAUGUGGUUUAAACAGCACUGUGCUUAUACUAUUGCUAAGUAUGGUAUGUCUAUGUGUGUGCUUGGAAUGGCAGAAGAAUUUAAAGGUGAAAUUGCUGUCAAUGCGUUAUGGCCUAGAACAGCUAUACACACUGCUGCCAUGGAUAUGCUGGGAGGAUCUGGCGUUGAAAGCCAGUGUAGAAAAGUUGAUAUCAUUGCAGAUGCUGCAUAUUCCAUUUUCAAAAAGCCAAAAAGUUUUACUGGAAACUUUAUUAUUGAUGAAAAUAUCCUAAAAGAAGAAGGGAUAAAAAACUUUGAUGUCUAUGCAAUCAAACCAGGCCAUCCUUUGUUACCGGAUUUCUUCUUAGAUGAAUACCCAGAUACCAAGAAAAUGGAAUCACAUGAUGCUACUCUAGAAUUAAAAGAGGAAAAGCCAAAAUCACCACCAAAACCACGCUCUGGAGCUGUGGAAGAAACAUUUAGGAUUGUUAAGGACUCUCUCAGUGAUGAUGUUGUCAAAGCCACUCAAGCAAUAUACCUGUUUGAACUCUCAGGUGAAGAUGGUGGGACAUGGUUUCUUGAUCUUAAAAGCAAGGGUGGGAACGUUGGGUAUGGAGAACCUUCUGUUCGGGCAGAUGUGGUAAUGAGUAUGUCAACUGAAGAUUUCAUAAAAAUGUUUUCUGGGAAACUAAAACCAACAAUGGCAUUCAUGUCAGGAAAGUUGAAGAUUAAAGGAAACAUGGCCCUAGCAAUCAAACUAGAAAAGCUAAUGAAUCAGAUGAACACCCGACUGUGAAAAAAAAAAAAAAGGAAAAAAAUGUUGACUGUUUAGCUAAAAAGUAAAAGGGCUCAACAGUUAGUCUGUUGUUUGUUUUCUUCUCUGUGCAUUAAAAGGAUAUGCAUGUUCUGAAAAAAAAUUUUCUGUAUCUAUAAUUGAAAUUGUAAUUAAAACAGCUAGCUAAUCAAACCUAAGUGUUAUUAAGUGAAAUUUUAAGACACUUCUUUGUUGCUUGUUUUUUUCUGUUUUGGAAGUUUUGCUCUCUGUGCCCUGAAUAUAUCUCACUAACCAUUUUCUUCUAGGAAAAACAUUAUAAAUAACCAAUCAGGGUCAGGCAGUAAAAUUAGCUAUUUUUCAAAGAUUUUUCCCAUGUAAAAUGAAGCUACUAUAUUUUUUAAUGUUUGGAUUUUGAAUUGUAUACUAAUAAAAAAGUUUAUUAUAUUUCAGGCUUUUAUAUACUUUAGAGAUCUACAAUGAAUUUUAUAGAAAUAACAAUAAACUAUAGUAAGUACUAUGUGAAGAGUAAUGAGUCUUUAAAAUUAUUUUAUUUAGAAAUGAUUUUGUAUUUACUUCUAUAAUAAAGAGGGGAAAACCA